CUCCUUGUCUGUUGUCUCAUCUUCUCCUGUAAAUCAUCAACCAGAAUUAUGCUCAGCCACUCUCCUCCACUUCCAAUUACAAAACCACCAACACACCCACCUCAAAAACCCACAUGUUGGUCUCUCACCCAAAUCCCCAGCUCUUCAAUCACCAACACAAAACCGCAAAAUUGGGCACUCUCAGACUCACGAACCAAACCCAGAGUCUUUCGAAACUAGGGUUUAACAGGUGGAGUCAAAGGAGAAGACGGUGUAAUUCCACUGUGAGGCCGCAAUCUGUGUUGAGUGUUGAUGAUAAAGUAUUGAAAAGUGCUAUUAAAGCGGAUAGGAAUAGCAACAACUAUAGAUACGAUGUAAUUGUUAUUGGGUCUGGGAUUGGUGGGUUGGUUGCGGCGACGCAGCUGGCUGUAAAAGGAGCUAGGGUUUUGGUCCUGGAGAAGUAUGUCAUUCCUGGUGGGAGUUCUGGAUUUUACCAGAGAGAUGGGUAUACAUUUGAUGUUGGGUCAUCUGUCAUGUUUGGUUUCAGUGAAAAGGGCAAUUUAAAUUUGAUAACCCAAGCAUUGGCAGCAAUUGGGUGUAAGAUGCAAGUGAUACCUGAUCCAACUACUGUUCAUUUCCAUCUACCCCAUAAUCUUUCUGUCCAAGUUCACAGAGAAUACAGUGAAUUCAUCACAGAACUUAUCAGUAAAUUUCCCCAUGAGAAGCAAGGGAUUCUGAAAUUUUACGGUGAAUGUUGGAAGAUCUUCAAUGCCUUGAACUCGUUGGAAUUGAAGUCAUUGGAGGAGCCAAUCUACCUUUUUGGACAGUUUUUCAAGAAGCCUCUUGAAUGCUUGACGCUUGCCUACUAUUUGCCGCAAAAUGCUGGUGACAUAGCACGGAAAUUCAUAAAGGAUCCUGAGUUGUUGUCCUUCAUAGAUGCUGAGUGUUUCAUAGUGAGUACAGUUAAUGCUGUACAGACACCAAUGAUAAAUGCAAGCAUGGUUCUCUGUGACAGGCAUUUUGGGGGAAUCAAUUACCCUGUUGGCGGGGUUGGUGGAAUUGCCAAGUCCUUAGCAAAAGGUUUAGUUGAUCAGGGCAGUGAAAUACUUUACAAAGCUAAUGUGACAAACGUUAUAAUGGAAGGUGGAAAGGCUGUGGGAGUGAGAUUGUCCGAUGGAAGAGAGUUCUUUGCCAAAACCAUUGUAUCAAAUGCCACUAGAUGGGAUACGUUUGGCAAGCUUCUAAAAGGAGAAGAUCUUCCUAAAGAAGAACAAAAUUUCCAAAAACUGUAUGUCAAGGCACCCUCUUUUCUUUCCAUUCACAUGGGGGUUAAAGCUGAGAUUUUGCCGCCAGAUACGGAUUGCCAUCAUUUUGUUCUUGAGGAUAACUGGACAAGUUUGGAGAAGCCAUAUGGGAGCAUAUUUUUGAGCAUUCCAACUAUUCUUGACUCAUCAUUGGCUCCAAAAGGGCGCCAUAUUCUUCACAUAUUUACAACUGCUUCCAUGGAAGACUGGAAGGGCAUGUCUCAAGAGGACUAUGAGGCAAAGAAAGAGCUCGUGGCUGAGGAAAUCAUUAGCAGAUUGGAAAAGAAACUGUUUCCUGGGCUUAAAUCUUCUAUUGUUUUCAAGGAGGUUGGGACACCAAAGACACACAGGAGAUACCUGGCUCGGGAUAAUGGUACCUAUGGACCUAUGCCACGUGGGAAUCUUAAAGGCUUAUUGGGAAUGCCAUUUAACACGACUGCUAUUGAUGGUUUGUACUGUGUUGGAGAUAGUUGCUUUCCGGGACAAGGUGUUAUAGCAGUAGCAUUCUCCGGAGUAAUGUGUGCUCAUCGUGUAGCUGCUGACAUCGGGAUUGAGAAGAGUUCCCCCGUAUUGGAUGCUGCUCUUCUUAGAGUACUUGGUUGGUUAAGGACGUUGGCAUAACUGCAUCUUCACUUGUUGGAAUGGAAUACACAACAUCUUCACAUUGAAAGGACUUGCAUCUGAAUAGCAACAUUCUCCUGUAAGUUGAGGGAGGGAGAUGCAUGAUAUAUACUUCUCCUGAGUUCGUGUGGUGACUGUCAAUUCCACGUUGAAGUGUGCUGUAAAGGUGAUUUUGGUAAUUACAAUACUCUGUUGUAGCUAUUUUUUUUAUCGGCUCCGUAGUAGCUAUUUUAAAGACUUCGGCUGUAUUUAUACAAAAUCCUUAUGGUGUUAUUUCUGGUAUUAGUUCCUGCAAAUGGUUCAUAUACAGAAGUAACUUGUAUUGUGGUACAAAGUUCAUUAAAGGAAUAACUAAGCCAUGUAACUAACUUGUUUAAA